GAGAAAAAAAGCGCCUUGGUUAUCACCUUCAAUUCGGAAGAGACACGGAGUUGCUACCGAUGAAACCAAUUCUGACGGCUUAAAGCUUCGAGGAGGUCAACAAGUUGACCCAGAAUCCUCCAGUAGAUCAACAACACGCAGAGAAGGGGAAGACAAAUUUCCAUCUCCAUCUCCAUCUCGCCUGUCAAAUUUCCAAGCGUCCUCCAAUAAAGAAGAUAUUCAGAGUAAACCCAGGAAACCACGGUGCAUAUACGACAACGGAGCAAUACGAAUUUUAUUAGAAGAACUUAUAAUGGAAUUUUUCACAGACUUAGAUGACAUGAACAUAGAGCUUAGUAGCAAUGAAAAACACAUCCUUACAAGGAGAUUACGUGGUUUCUAUCACAAAUCAACGAAACACCCAGCAGUGCACGAACGAAGAAUCGCCUUUUCAUCAACAAAACCUACAUUCCGUCACGAAGAUGAGGAAACGUUACCACGUGCCUCAUCCCACAGCCUGGAGCCUCUGUCAAAUGAGAUAAUGAGUAAACGAAAUGGACAAAGGCAAGAGACAUGUGCCAGCGUUAACUAUUGGGACAUAGAAGAGCACGGGAAGCUACAGAAUGAGACGAUUGUAGAACUCUUUCCGAAAUCAUGGUUAUUUAUCCGAAGAUGUGUAUCAAAGGGAGGUCCCUGUGAUAUGGGAAAUUCCAAUUUAUCAUCGUUCAUCAGUACUACAAGCUGCUUAGAGCUAACGAGUUGGGUUCCGGCCUUUGUCAGACAGAAGGGUUACACCAAAUACAUCUGGGAUUGGAUUCAAGUUCCCUCCUGCUGUAGCUGCGCCAUUAUCAUGCCUGACUCUCACUAGCAUUCGUCCAUUUCACGUCAUAGAUUUUUAAAUUUUUAUUUCAUAGAAGCAUAAAUGAUGAAGCAAACUUGAACUCAUUGUCGAUUUUCAUCAGAAACCUUGUAUUUUGUAUUCAAAUAUUGUGAACUUUCAUGUAUUUAAACGUCAGUGUUAAUUUCAGAAUAUGUAUAGAAAAGGUGUAAUUUCAAAUUUGUUUUCAAUUUACGUAAUGAUUCCGUAUUACAUUUUUUCUGCAUGGGGCCUUCACAGCAACCUCAGAUUGAAGGUGUGUUUAUUCAUUUUUUAACAAUUUUAUUUAAACAUGUCUGUACACGACAAAAAGCAUAUGUAGCAACAAACAAAAAAAACGUUGUCUUAUUUAAUCGGCGGUACGGAAUUUGUAUAAGUUAGUAAGUAGGAAAAUUAUUUCAUGUGUGAAUUCCAUGUUAAGUAUUUCAGGCGAUACCUUACCCUCGCUCCCAAGUGUUCAAUAGUAUCUUUAAUUUUAUUUCCAUGAUCAUGGAAACUUAAGAUUGCUGUAUGAAUCAUUGCAUUAUGUGUAAUCAUGUAACAUUGAAAAUAUACUUUUUGUAUUAAAUAUUUUGUAUCAUAUAUAGUUAACUAAAUUGUUCAUACCCUAUGUAAAUAUGAUGAUUUUAGUGUUUUUUUAACUCAAGAAUGAAAGGUGCACUGGUUAGUUAGGGUCUUUGUUGAAUAUUUUAGAUGUAAGCUUUAAGCAGGACUGCACAACUUGUAGCUACGUGCGCCCUCUAUAUAGCAAAUAAUGCAUAAGUGGUACCCGUUGGUCUCCCAUGGUCCCCCUUUUCUUAUGUUAAUUGAUAGCCGACUUGAUGAGAUAACCAUAUGUCCCAUUCUAAAGAAACAUUAAUCGCGACAACUCAAUUAACUUUAUCUCAUCCAUACCCUCUGCAUACCCCAGCUUAAUAUAGGCUAUUAUUAUCUAUAUAAGGCUUCCAUGUGGUACAAUAAAUCAGUGUAUUUAAUAUAUUUAGCGCAGUACCCGGAUGAUAGAUGAAUUCGCACGCACUCUCACAGGAGGCACUUAUGUUCUAAUAAGGCAUUGUAUCUACCAUGCUUCUCUUCACCCAGGUGUAUAAAUGGGGUACCCAUUAGGAUGACAUUACCCGCAUCUGACUAGCGCGUGCACGUCCAUUCAAGACGACAAGAUGAAUUGUUUAAUGGUUGAAUCGAGCGAGGAACCUGUAAGAAAAUGUUGUUAGUGAAUCAUCUACAAAUACUUAGUGAAUACGAUCACAACUGAUUUCGAGAAAAUCAACAUAAUAAAAUUGUAUAAGCCAUGUCUAUCGCGUUUUUUUUCUCGAAACGUGCUAAUAUUACAAAAUGUUUUGCGUAGUCCGAACACGAUUUAUAUAGGAUAUCAAAUUGGAUAUUUAAAUUGCCCUUAAGUUGAAUUUUACUCUCGAAAGUUUUGCGAUAAAAGGCGUCCUUUUACCAAAAUUAGAUGUAGAUAGUAUAUAAUUUGUAUAACAUAGACCAUACACAUUAACUCAUUGGUAAAGACAAAAUAGUUUUUGUUAUAAGUUUGGGUGACUUUUUAUAAAGUAAAGACCGAUACCUAAACAUAGGUCAAUAACACAUUGCCCAAAUAAUAUUAGCUUCAGAGUUGUACUU